UAUCAUAUUAUCAUCAAUGGAUAUCGUUCAUAGCCAGGGAGCGACUGAGCUGUUUGAAGUUCAGUCUCAUUUGUACAAACACAUAUUCAGCUACAUAGAUUCCAUGUCAGUUAACUGCGCCAUUCAGCUAGCCAUACCUGACAUAAUCCACACCCAUGGCCGACCCAUAACUCUUCCACAGUUGGCCUCCAAGCUUCACAUUCACCCCAAAAAAACCAGCUGCCUCCACAGGCUCAUGCGUUUGUUGGUGCACUCCGGCUUCUUCACUAAAACAAAACUUCGUCAUCAUCAUCAUCAAAAUCAACCAGAAGAUGAUGAAGAAAAAGAAGAAGAAGAAGAAGGCUAUGCUCUCACACCUUCCUCUAGGCUCGUCGUCAAAGAUAAUGUCACCAGCCUGUCACCAUUUGUUAAAGCAAUGCUGGAUCCUGUCCUGGUGAGCCCCUGGCAUGUCUUGGGAGAUUGGCUUCGGGGGGGCAGUACUCAGGAGCUGACGCCCUUUGAGAAAACGCAUGGGAUGAGCAUAUCGAAUUACUUAAACCAAAACACAGAGUACGGUUGCGUUUUCAAUGAAGCCAUGGCCAGUGAUUCCCAGCUUAUGAGCUUCCUCGUUGACGACUACAAGCCCAUCUUUGAAGGCUUGGGCUCGUUGGUUGACGUUGGAGGGGGUACCGGGACAGUGGCGAGGAUCAUUUCUCAGGCGUUCCCUCACAUCAAAUGCACGGUGUUUGACCUUCCACACGUCGUUGCCAACCUGCCGGAGACUACCAACUUGAAAUAUGUUGGUGGUGAUAUGUUUCAGUCUAUUCCUUCUGCAGAUGCCCUUCUCUUUAAGUGGAUUUUGCAUGAUUGGAGCGAUGAGGAAUGUAUGAACAUUCUGAAGAGAUGCAAAGAGGCGAUUACAAGCAAAGGUAAGGGAGGAAAGGUAAUAAUCAUAGACGUGGUGAUAAAUGAGGAGAAGGAUGAAGAUGAUAUUACUAAAACGAAGCUCUUCUUUGACACACUCAUGAUGGUUGUCGCCACUGGAAAAGAGAGGGACAAGAAUGAAUGGGAGAAGCUCUUCUUCAAUGCUGGCUUCACCCGCUACAAUAUAGUUGCCUCCUAUGGGAUGAAAUCUGUUAUUGAGCUUUAUCCUUAAGAUUAAGAUAAUUAACUAAUAUAUUUUAUAUAUAUGAAUUUUAAGAUUAAUUAUAAUUAAGCUUAAUGUAUCUUGCUUCUUAAAGUUGUUUUCUUAAUUUUGUUUCAGUGUAUUUAUAUGCACUGGUGGCUGAAAGUUGGCUGGGGUUCUCUUUGGAAUAUAUAUAUUUUUCCUCC